AUGACAUUUAAUAAGGAUUUGCUCGUACCAUGUCCAGUCGUAACUCCUAGUAUGGAGGAGUUUUCGGAUCCCAUUAAGUACUUAUCCAGCGAAGAGGUUGCAAAAUUAGGGUCUGAGUAUGGGAUAAUUAAAGUGAUACCUCCAAAAGGGUGGAAGCCAACAUUUCUGAUUUCGCCAGAGUUCAGAUUUCACACCAGAUUACAAAAGCUUAGUGAUCUUGGACUUACUACUAGAAGCAGAAAGUUCUUUAUUGAUAAUAUUAAUCGAUUUAUGAAGAUGAGUAGGAAAAGACAACUAAAAUUAUAUUUUAGGGUGGGACUAAAUGACGCAAAAGAAUUCAGCCCAACAAGACUCAAAGUUUACUAUUACGAUCUACAUGUAAUGGUUGAGAAGAUGGGUGGGUAUGACAAUAUGAAUGAAGAUAAAUGGGCGCAAAUAAAUGACCAUUUUGGAAUAAAAAAGGAUUCUACCUAUAUUGAAGACGAAUAUUCAAUUAAUUUAAGAUCUUAUGCUAACUUUCUUUCAUACAACCAAAAGAACUAUGAUUUCCCAGAGAGUGAUUCUGAAGACGAUUACGAUAACUGCUUGAUUUGUGGAAAGCAUGACAACCCAUCGCAAACUUUACUAUGCGAUAAUUGUGAUAAUCCGUUCCAUUUGUCUUGUCUUGAGCCUCCAUUAGAAUCUGUACCUGCUGGUAGUUGGUAUUGCGACAAAUGCCUUAUUGGAACCGGAGAAUAUGGCUUUGAGGAGCAGGUAGAUUUGAAGUAUUCAAUACCCGAAUUUUAUAAAUUGUGCAGUGACUUCGAACGAAAAUUCGAGAAUGAGUAUAAUAAUGGCGAGCCAUUAUCAGUAGAUAAGAUAGAGAAAAAAUUUUGGGAGUUUAUAGAUGUGGAAAAAUCAGACUUAGAAGUGAGAUACGGUGCAGAUAUACAUAACUUAAAACCUGGACAAAUCAGUGGGUUUCCAAUGGCCAAUACACCAGGCUUAUCUCCUGAGGAUCCAGAAACUAGGUAUUACAUGAAUCAUCCUUGGAACUUAACCAAACUACCUUUUGCGGAAGGAUCAUUAUUGAAUUAUAUAAAUACGUCAAUAUCUGGAAUGACAGUCCCAUGGAUAUAUAUUGGUUCUUUACUUUCUACAUUCUGCUGGCAUGUGGAAGAUCACUAUACUUUGUCUGCUAAUUACUGUCAUUUGGGAGCAACAAAAAAAUGGUACGGGAUCCCUUCUUAUGAUGCUGAUAAGUUUGAGAAACUAAUGAAAGAUUCAGCUCCUGAUUUGUUUCAAAAACAGCCUGAUUUGUUGCAUCAGUUAGUGACGCUAUUGUCACCAAUGACGCUAGUUAAAAACGGAAUAAAGUGUGUUUAUGCUGAUCAGCGCCCCAACGAAUUUGUGAUAACAUACCCGAGGGUGUAUCAUGCGGGCUUCAAUUGCGGCUUCAACUUUAACGAAGCGGUGAAUUUUACAAUGAACUUUUGGCUUGGGUUUGGAGAGAAGUCGAUCAGCGACUACAGGCUUAUUAAAAAGGAAAAUGUGUUUAAUCAUUAUCAAUUAGUGGAAAACAUAUUAAAAAAGAUCAACGCACAAAACCACAUAGACCAUGCAACUCUUAGAUUGGCUGAGGCCAGUUUGAAAUGCUUAAAAGAUUUUGUUCAGUCACAGUCGAAGUAUCUCAGCAUGAUUGAUACCAAUAAGUUUGAAAUCAAAAUCGAACCCAAAUUGUUCAAGCAGCGGAAAUUCGAGGAUGAGCAGAACGGCACCUUUGCACCUACAUCCGAACAGGAAGAUGAAGAAGAUUUAUGUGAUAUUUGCAGGACUCAUAUAUCUUUCCAAUAUUGCAUCAUCAACAAUAAGAGCCGCAAAUUAUUCUCGACGCAUGCGAUCACCGGCGAGUCGCUUGCUGCUCCCUACACCGCUCCAGAUACCCCCCUGAUUAAACAGGAACAGCCAGAUUACCCCAAGAUUUCUAUACACCAGCUUCUCACUCCCGAAUCAUCACCCCACGAGCUUCUGGUACCCCAGACUAUCCCCAAACCGGUAAACCGUAUGUCUGACUCAUCAUCGGCUACUAAACUUUUGGCCCUUACCGACCCAUCUACCACAGACUCGCUGCAAAAGCUCAGUGAAGAACAGGAGUUCCAAAAACUCAUUCAUGCAGCAAAACGUUCGUCCUCUCCAGACACCAAGACUACCUCCAAGAGACGCAAAUCCUCGCGAAUCGAGACGCUCUCCAAAAAAGCCCACACCAUAUCCUUCACCGCUCGUACCUCUCGUGAUCCGCGUCGCGGCAAAAUGGCUGCUGUUCAAAACAACUCCCAUUUCAAGCACCUCAACGACAAGCCCCAGAUACGACUUUGUCUCGCUUGUCUUGUAUCGUCGUGUCCCAAGUCCAUACCAUCCAUCCCUCCGGGUUCAAUAUUGUUGUACGAGGUGUCUCCAUCUACUAUGGAACAAUUCAUAACCGAAACGUCCCACGAAAUAGCUAUUCUCUCUACCAACGUAUAG